UGCUAAUCGCAUAACCAAUAAAUAAAACUAAAAAAGAAUGUAUAAAUAAUAAAUUAAAAAAAAGAAGAAGGAAGUUUUAAAACACGCGCGAAAAGGUAAUGGUGGGGAUGAAGAGAGAAGCAGAAAACAGUUGCCAACAAUUUCUUCUAGUCGCCAUUCCCCACUUUCACGUGAAUCUGAGUUAAUCGCCAGCUGCUCCGCAAAACACAACAAAAAAAAAGAAACUCUCAAAAAAUUUCUCAUACUUUUCUCACUCUCACUUGAGUCACUCUCUCCACUCACUCACUCUCUCUCUCUCUCUCUCUCUCUCAAUCUCUCUGUGUUUUUGCGACCCAAAAAAUAAGAAAAGAAAGAGAAUGACAAACACUUCCACUACUGCACAAUGCACUUAGGCUUACCACGUUCUCUUCUCUUCCUUCCUCUCUUACUAUCUCUCACCGACGCCGUCGCUUUCCCUUCACUGACGACGUCGUUUCCACCGACUUCCAACGUUUUCCUUCCCUCCGAUGCCGUUUCUCUUCUCUCCUUCAAGUCCAAAGCCGACCUCGACAACAAGCUCCUUUACGCGCUCAACGAGCGCUUCGAUUACUGUCAAUGGCAAGGCGUGAAAUGCGCUCAGGGACGAGUUGUCCGUCUUGCCCUCCAAGACUUUGGCCUCCGUGGCGUUUUCCCUCCUGAUACCUUGACUCGUCUCGACCAACUCCGAGUUCUGAGUUUGAAUAACAACUCGCUUUCUGGUCCCGUUCCUGAUCUCUCCGGUCUUUUCAACCUUAAAUCGCUUUUUCUUGGCCGUAACUUCUUCUAUGGAGCUUUCCCGCCUUCGAUCCUAUUUCUCCAUCGGCUUCGGACCCUUGACCUUUCUUACGAUAACUUUAGCGGUCCGAUUCCGGUUGGACUAACUUAUUUGGACCGGCUUAACUCUUUGAGGCUGGAAUCGAACCGGUUCAAUGGUACUCUUCCGCCGUUUAAUCAGUCUUUCCUUUUAAUCUUCAAUGUUUCCGGAAACAACUUGACCGGUCCGAUUCCGGCAACGCCGACUCUGUCCCGGUUCGGUACCAAUUCUUUCUUGUGGAAUUCUGGUCUUUGCGGUGAGAUUCUCGAUAAAGCAUGCAGUUCGCGAACCCCAUUCUUCGAUUCACCAAACACAACCAGUCCCACGUCUCAACCCCUUGUACAGAGCGCAUCGCAAGGUUUGAUUGUAUCUCCGCCAAGUUCGAAGAAGCACAAGAAGACCGGUUUGAUUCUCGGGGUUUCAAUUGGGGUCUCCAUAAUGGUUACGGCUCUGUUGUGUCUCUUGGCAAUUUCCAGAACCAACCGAACCUCCUCCAAAAGUCCCUCGAAACCAGCAAUGUCGACCACAGACGACGUCGUAGAUACUUAUCCGACUUAUCCAACUUAUCCCACUAUUUCAACAUCCAAAACCGAAGUUCGGGAAGAUAAUGAACUGGUAAUAUCGAAGCCGAAAACGAUCGAAGUGGUGCAGCGAGCUCAGAGAAGUGGGAAUUUGGUGUUCUGUUUCGGGGAAGCUCAGCUGUAUAGCUUGGAGCAGCUAAUGAGGGCGUCGGCGGAGUUGCUUGGAAGGGGUUCGAUUGGGACGACGUACAAAGCCGUGCUGGAUAACCAGCUGAUCGUGACGGUGAAGAGGCUUGACGCCGGUAAGACUGCGGUUACAAGCAGCGAAGCUUUCGAGCGGCAUAUGGAGGCCAUGGGUGGGCUUCGACACCCAAAUUUGGUUCAGCUCAGAGCUUAUUUUCAGGCUAAGGGAGAGAGGCUCGUCAUCUACGAGUACCAACCCAAUGGGAGUCUCUACAACCUCAUUCAUGGUUCAAGGUCAGCUAGAGCAAAGCCACUUCACUGGACUUCAUGCCUCAAGAUAGCUGAAGAUGUGGCUCAAGGCCUUGCAUAUAUUCACCAAGCAUCUCGGUUAAUCCAUGGCAAUCUGAAAUCCUCCAAUGUUCUCCUCGGAGCAGAUUUUGAGGCCUGUCUCACAGACUUUGGCCUUGCUAUCCUAGCAGACUCCUCUGCCAACGAUGAUCCUGAUUCUGCAGGCUACAAAGCACCGGAGACCCGAAAAUCCAGUCGACGUGCCACAUCCAAGUCCGACGUUUAUUCCUUUGGUAUCCUCUUACUAGAGCUUUUGACUGGUAAACAUCCAUCACAACAUCCGUUUCUUGUGCCCACAGAGGUACCAAAUUGGGUCAGAGCAAUGAGGGAAGAUGAUGCUGGGGAAGAUAAUCAACUCGGGAUGCUUACCGAGGUUGCUAGUAUUUGUGGUUUAACAUCUCCAGAACAGAGGCCAGCGAUGUGGCAAGUUUUAAAGAUGAUACAUGAGAUAAAAGAGAGUGUGACAAGGGAUGACAAGAGUUUCUGAAAUUUUACUGUUUGGAUUCAUAGAAAAAGAAAAAAAAAAAAAAAAAAUGACAACCGUGGUGGGAGGGUGUGAAAAUUGUAUAUCUUGGUAGGUAUUCCAAAGUGAAAAGCUUUUGAUUGGAAAUUCAUGGAUGGGGCUAAAGUUCUAAACAGCUUGUUUACCACGAGCCUUUUGAGAACUUUUAUGUGAUUCAUUAGUGUUACACGACCAACCAACCAAAAAAACCAAAUGUAAUACUUUUAAUGGUGGAUGCAUAAUGAUUUAUAAAGGCCUUUUUUAAUGAAUUUUUU